UAUCAGUCACACUCUCACCUAAGCACCUGAAGCUUCACUCUGACACAGCGCCGGCACAACAAGCACCAUGCGUCUCCUGGAAGCCUUCUGCACCCUCGUCCUCCUCAGCACCUUCAUCUGCAGCACUCAGUCAGCGAGAUGCUGUCUGAGCUACACCAAACGUAUGUUGCCAUGCCAACGGAUAGUGGAUUACAGCAUCCAGACCAUCAACAAAUCCUGUGACAUCAACGCCAUCAUCUUCCAUGUUCGAGGCAAGUUUGUGUGUGCCGACCCUUCAAAGCCCUGGACCCAGAGCAGGAUGACCUGUGUCAAUGAGAAGAAGAGGGAUCAGGCUCAGAUCAUCAAAAACAGAAUUCCGGGAUCAGCAUGAACUCCUUAAAGUUUAUUUAUAUAUAUUACAACAAGAACAUAAUUUAUUAGUGGUUCCUAUAUUUGUUUUUAUUAUCAUUUUAACUGAUGGGAUUUUUUUUUGACUUUUUCUUAUAUAUGUUCUGUUUUAUAAACAGGGAAGAGUAGUAGCUGUUGCUACAGUGCCUCAUCACCAAAAACCAAAACUAGAAAUGAAAUAUUAGUUAUGAAAAGUAUGGCAGUUUCUUUUUUUUCUUUUGGUUUAAUUGACCAACUCUGACAGUCCCAUAUUGUGGGUUUAAGUUUUGAAUGCGAAUAUGAAUAUUGAAAAGUUUAAUUAAUUAAAACAUAUGCUUGAUAAAA